AUGCCUCUUUCCGAAGCGGAACUGGGCGGGGCGUGCACGGACUCGGUUUUUUCGGUUGGCCCCGAAGCUUCUUCUGCAAAUGUCUUGACAAAUGGAGCAGAGCCAGCAGAACCAUCGCCAUCCAAUGCAACGAUGCUUGCCGGCCACGAGCAGAUCUUUGCAUCGGAAAUGUCGUCCCUGGCUUCGUGUACCAGGCGAUCAGAGGAUCUGCUCGCUGAUCUGGCACCCGAGCUGGUGCGCGGAGCCCGUCUCAGCAAUAUCCUGAGGCGCUUCGGGAGGGAAUGGUGUCUGUCGGAUAAAUCCGAAGCAUUGAUGUGGAGGCCAGCAUUAUCCACGCAAACGCAGCACUUCAGGUACUUCUUCAGCCAUGAUUGGCAAACCUCGAGGUGGAUCAAGUACCUGUCGUUGAUAAUCUAUUUCAAUAGCGAUGCAGCAGCAAUUUCCUCGUCCCUGUUGAGUGUUGCACUGGGCAUAGUCGGUGGAUGGAGAGAAGAUAUGCCGGAUGGAUGGAUCUUGCCGCGGACUGGUUGGUGGACGGUUGUGGCACAUGUGGUCGGAAUUCUGGUUCUCUUGUUCUGGCAGCACCUGCGUGAGUUGAUUCUUUUGGUCCCGGGUUUUGCCCGCCUGGGUGUCAGCGGUCCUGGGUUAGGAUUUCUUGAUCGGUUGUGCAUACCUCAAGAUGACCCGCAGAAGAAAACUCAGUGUGUCUAUGGCCUGGCCUCCAUCUUGAACAAGUCCGAUGACCUCAUUGUUCUCUGGUCUCCGAAAUACUUUAGCAGGCUGUGGUGCACGUAUGAGAUUGCAAGCUUCCUGAUGAGGCGCAAGGAAGCCCAUCGAAUCAAGUUCGUGCCAGUGCAAAUUUCGGUCAUAUGGAUCCUCACCUAUAUUGCUGUGUCUACCACGUGGCUCACGCUCCUGCUUGCACAACGGUUUGGGCACUACCUGUUUCAGUGGCACACGCUUAGCGGGAAGAUGAAUUUGGGCUUGGUCGUGGCAGUGCAGAUUUGUGUGCUUUACCCGCCCUUGUUCUAUCUUUUGAAUCAGAUGAUGUCCGACCUUGUGCAGUUGCCCAGAGUCUUGCAUGAUUUUGAUAUACGCACAGCCCAAUGCUUCUGCUGCUCCACUGACCAUCGGCACCCUUCCACUGGAGCAGAACUGGAUUGCGACCGGCAACUCAUUUAUGGCGUGCUGCGGAUGUGGUCCGGAUCUCGUGCGGAUGCUGGAGAUGUGGAGCUGAUUCAAGCAGUGUUCAAGGGCCACCUGGAGAAGCACUUGAUACCUUCGGUUGAGCAGAGAAUUUCACGCAAUGGCAUGCUGAUGCGCCCAUUGAUUUCAGCCGCUGCAAUCGGUGCCUUUCCCUUCUUUUCUGACUUCAUUGCGAGAGAGGCGGUCAUGCUGUUUCACCACGGCUGGCUAAGCACAUACACCAAUUUAGGCUUGGGUCUCUACUUCCUUUUUUACAUGCCAGUCUUCAUCCGCUGUCUUCUGCUACUGGGAAAAGUGGGUAGUCGGCGGUGGAAAGGGUCCUGCUGCAAGUGCCUGGUAGUCGCUUGCCAGGCACUUUUUAUGUUCCUGGUCAGUGUGGUGGUAGUCGUGGGCUAUUCUCUCUCCAACGCAUUCUCCCCGCGGGAUGUUUGGACAUCACCUUUGCAUCCGAUGCCCAUGUAUUUGCUUGGCGUGAUGGUGAUUUCGGGUUCGGUCAUUGCUCUGCCUCUCGUACCCUGUUGCAGAAGGUCAGUCAUGAUCGGGGGCACACCGAGGCAGGGCCAGAAUAAGUCGGUGGCAACCGAUGUGCCACUGGAGGCCGAGAAAGGGCCGGAGCGGCGGAAAGAUCAGGUCUUUGACUCUGCAGAUAUUGUCUGGGAGGAGUCUUUCUUCGGGAUUUGA